AUGGCUGGGACUACGCAGGCGCCUGGCGAUCCAAAUCAGGUGGAUAGUCGCGUUGCCAAUCAAGGGUCGACAAACCCAUACGAAACAAAUCCCGAUCUCCUCCCAAACGAUGACCUAUUCCUCGCCCGGAGUAUACACUAUGGCCGCUACGCGCCUCGCGACACUGACUUCAAGCCUCGAUAUAACCACUGGUGCGAACCGGAUCCAGAGGUCACCUCAUAUUGGGAAGGGAUUGUCAAAGAACUCUGUACAGCAGAAAAUUCUCUGAAUGUCUCGGGGAACCGGGAGGUCUUCGCUGCUGGCAGCGUUGUCAUUCGCGUUGAUCGUGAACCUUCAGUUGGCGCCGCUGCUGAGAAAUACUCGUGUGCCAACGCCAAUGAAUUGAGUGCCGCAAGGAAGGCUGAGGAUACGCUCAAGGAGAUGUCUAUCGCCGUGCCGGUCAUUUACUUUUGCGGGACAAUUGAUGGGAAGAAUGUCACUGUGGAAUCUAGAAUCCCUGGCGUUACUCUCGAGGUAGCCUGGCGAUACCUCACAGCUGAGCAGAUCGACAUGUUCAAACAGCAGUGCCGUCGUGUAUCGCAACAUUUGGGCGGAAUAGACGCAUCCCCCGAUCGCCCUUCCUACGUUUGCAGUGGACUCAACUCACAAGCGUCACCUGAUGCCCUGGAACCAGAGAAGAAUAUACUUUUUCGUGAAAGGAAGGAGGACGAACAUGUCUGUCUGGUACACAACAACCUGGUACCGUCGAACAUUGUUAUCGGCGAUGAUAAGGUGAUCGGGAUAACUGGUUGGCGACAGAGCGGGUACUUCGGCUUUGAAAGGGCAGAUGAGAUACAUCGACGCUUUAGGAUACUGGUGGCAUCUGCCAUACAUGGAGACAAAUCUACUGACCUGCGAGCGUGGUCUGACUUAUAUGAAGGACUUGAUGCCGCAGGAGUGGUUAGACCCACAAGCAAGCAAGAUACGCCCAUUCCUCUAGUCAAGACUGAGCCUCUCAACACGAAUCUGGAUAAAGUCCCUCUCAAUGAAGAGUCGGAAUCCAAGCCACCGGUUUCUUCACUUGACGGCCCGGCUGCGGACCAUCUCACUCCAAAGAACAUUGCGAGUCUCAAGAAUAGGGGGUCUUCUAGAGCGUCGUCUUCUGACCGCUCCUCGCCAGCUACGUCCACGAAACCUGGCCCGACCCGGAAAUCUGCUACUGCUGCAACCAAGAAAGGGACUGGGCGAAAAUCGACAACCAAAAAGAGGAAAGCAAACGAAUUGGAAAGCGAUAAUGUUGAUGGCGGUCGUUCCAACACUCCAUCUUCGACUCGUGCUGGCAAGCCCGCGAACAAAAAGCGGAAUUCUACCUCGCACACCAACUCACCGGCCCCGGAUAGCAAAAGGAAAGGGAGCAAGAACGUUGAACAGGAUGAGAUAGAAGAAGAGGAAGAAGAUGACUCUGAUGAUAACGAUGAAAUAUUCUGCAUCUGCCGCAAACCUGAUAAUCAUACAUGGAUGAUCGGGUGUGAUGGUGGAUGUGAGGAUUGGUUUCACGGGAAGUGCGUCAACAUCGACCCGAGAGACGCAGACCUCAUUGACAAGUACAUCUGUCCGAAUUGCAAAGAGCAAGGCAAAGGAUGGACCACAUGGAAACCUAUGUGCCGGCUAAAGGAAUGCCGCAAGCCCGCCCGAGUCAACCAGAAAAUCCCUAGCAAAUACUGCUCAGACGAACAUGGCCGGGAGUUCAUGCUUCAGCGAACUAAGCUUCUCCUGGGUACGGGAACGAGAGCAAAGACGACCGCAGCAGGCCGAGCAACCACCAAUGGCAUCAAUUCGAGCGAAAGCAAUAGUCGUGAUGGGACCGCUACACCAGACAGACGAGAUCCGGAUGAUUUAGGAAGUCGAGGUGGAGUCCUUACAACAGGCGAUCUCAAAGCCGUCGUAAUGGGCGUCAGCUCAGCUAAAGAAUUCCGCAAACUAGGCGAAAGCAUCAUAUCGAUCCCAGCCAAAGAGGAAAGCACCACCAUUACCACCACCGAUCCCGAAACAGAGACCAAGAAUGAAAAGAAGAUUGGUUUGGAUUUCGACGUGGACUGGCUCACGUACUCACCCGACGAAGCAUCCAAACUACAGAAGCUCCGUAAGCAACGGGACGACCUACUCCAUCGCAAAGAGAUGCUCCGCGCCCGAAACACAUUCAUGACACUGGUGCGCCAGCGAUCCAAGAGCAUCCUGGAGCACCUAAAACAAACCGACCCGAAAGGCGGAUGGAAAGAUAUCUGCGGUUUCGACAGCAGACUUGCAUGGUCGGACGAAGAAUUUGAUGAAUGGCGGUUAUCCGAAAUUGGCGCGAAAGCACUCGAGGAUGGCUCGCCCGAAGCUCUGGCAUCAAGCUAUCCCGACGCUUCCACGGACGCCGAUGGCGACACCGCCAUGGAUGACAACAACGAAGAUGACUUCGAGAAACUCUCACGUGGUGUCUGUACUAAGAAGCGUUGCGAGAGACAUAAACAAUGGCUCAAGGUCCAACAGCAAGAUGCUGUAUUCGAGGAAAACACCCUCGCUCUGGAUCUAAGCAAAUGCGAGAAGGAAGCGAAGAAUGUCGUGGAGAGGGCCGUUCUUAGGAUGUGGGCCGAAUCAGACAAUGCGCAAAUUGGUGGCCAGUAA